UCUUUGGUGCUAUUGCAAUUCCUUCGCCUGUAAGUAGGCGAAAUAGGAAGAAGGGACCAUGCAAUCUACUAGCCUUUUUCUGUCUGUGAUUUUCCUCAUAAGUCUGGUUUCAAUCGAUGGCCUCCUGCGCCGCUGCUAUCAGUGCCGAUCCCGCGGAGAAUUGGGCAGCUGCAAGGACCCCUUCACCUUCAAUGCGACGGAUGUGGAGCAGGAGCCAGGAGUGGCGGCCAUCCCGUGUGCCAGCGGCUGGUGCGGCAAGGUGAUUGAGGGCGGCGGCGCCUAUGCCAUCGACGAUUAUGACCUGGCCAUCCAGCGGAUGUGCGUGCAGCGCGGUCCGGAUGACAACAUGGACCGCUGUGCGGACACCAUCUACAACUACAAGAAGGUGUACAUGUGCUUCUGCCAGGGCGACCUGUGCAACGGCACGAGGAGCUGGUCCAGUGCACCACCGAUGAUUCUGAUUCCCAUCCUGCCGCUGCUCGGCUGGCUGCUCCAGCGGAUCCGGAACUAGACUGCUUUCUGUGCUUUUAGCCAGCAAUGUAUAUACAUUUUUCAAUACUCAUCAACACGAAAUGCAAUAUCUACUGUUCGAGAAAUACAAACUGUUUUUGGUUAAUAUUUAAAA